AUGAGUAUCACGGAAACCGAACAGCGCUGCAAUGAACUGCGUAACGACCUGAAGUUAUGGGAGAAGAACUUUGCUGCACAGAACGAUGGCCGCAAAGCUGGGCGCGACGACAUCAAGGCCAACGAGGAGAUCUCCAACAAGUACAAAGAGUACAACAAGCUGCGAGGCAAAUUGACUGCUCAAUCUGCCCCACAAACACCCUCGAAACGAACCGCAAGCCGAAAAGCAACCCGCGAUGCUGAGCGAACGCCCAAAGCGGCGCCCAAAUAUCAGACUUCGACCCCGCUCAAGAGGAAAAGAGCAGAAGAGCUUGCAUCGGAACCCAUACCACAGUCUCCAGAGUUUCUGUCCCCACAAGGACCGAGUGUAAUUGGACCGACCCCUCAACGAGACGGCAUUGUGCUCGGUCUUUUCGACAUGCUACCAGCAGGCACACCAAGCAAGAGGAGGGCAGUAUUGGGAGAUGUGGAGCUGAACAUCCUUCAGACACCGAGUCGAAGGUCACAAGAGGCAGCAAGCGAGACUUCGCUGGAGUCGAGGGCUCGAGGGGAGCGAACGCCAGUUUCGGUUGGGAAGAGAUUUAUGUUGAACCAGUUCGUGACGCCGAAGAAACGCAAGAUGGAGGAAGAGGGCACACCAAGUUCUACAACGCGCGGGCUAGCAACGCCAGCGUUUCUGCGGAGAGGCAACUUACUGGGGCCCAUCGACGAAGCGGAUGAGACAACACCACGGCCAGCGCCGUGGAAACGCCGCGGUCUUGGAAGGAGUCUCAGCGCUAUGAUACAAGCCAUGAAGAAGGACGAAGACGAUAAGCUCGAUGAAGAAGCAGACAUUAUGCGGGAAAUGGAAAUGGAGGAGGCAGGUAUAUCCAUGCCGCCCAAGAAGCUUCGUGUACCCCAAAUUCUAGUCGAGGACAGCCAGGCAGCGAUGCCAUUGGGGCCCGAUCGUGGCUUAGAAACUGAAGAGGAUGAGGACGAAGAGCCAGAAUUGGGUCCAGAUGGAAAGCCGAGAAGAGUUUGGAAGAAGAAGGGUCUUAAGAGACAGACAAGGCGUGUCAUUAUGCGACCCAACUUCAUCAAAUCCAAGCUAGAGUCAGCACUUCAAUUACAUGACGACUCGGAAGAUGAUCAGGACAAGGUGGCAGAGACACAGGCUACCGGUCACGCAGCAGACGAUGUAGAUUCCGAAGAUGACAUUUCAGAUUACGCUAGCGAUGUCUCUCACACACCGAAGCAGCGCAAGGUACAGAAGAAGAAGACGGAGGAAGUCAAAGAUCAACCCAAGGAGGGAGGUGUCAAGACAGCAGCUCGAAAGAUCAAGGCAACAGCCCAUGCAAACUUCCGGAGGCUGAAGAUAAAGAGCAGUACAGGCGCAAAGGGCGGUGCGAAGGGCAAGUUUGGGUAUGAGGUGCCGUGGAGGGCAGAGCGACCGGUCGUGCACGCUCCACCUCCUCCGAGAAGCUUCCGCCGAACAUCGUCGUCACGUCAAGCUCCGCCUAAGCUUCCACUCGCCGCAACAAACACAACGCCCACACCCACCGCUUCACCUCCACUCCCACCACGCACAUCAACCACACACAUCGGCUCAAUCCCCAAAUCACCGCACAACAUGGCCGAGAAGGAACUCUCAACCGUGCUCCAGCAGCUGCACAAGACCCUCCAAUCGCACAACUACGAGCAGUCAACAUCACUGCUGUCCAAGGCCAAGAUCGCGCUCCUCAACCUCAACGCCCUCAUCCCCCAGGAGAAGUCAUCACGAAAACACCUGCAGCUCGCGCGCGACACGCUCGAACUCGGCGCCAUCAUCUCCAUCCGCCUCAAAGACACGGUAUCCUUCACACGCUACUUCCAGCAGCUGCAGCCCUUCUACUCGCUACCCGAGUCAGCGCUGCCCAAAGACGGUGGCAACUACAGCAAAGUCACGGGCCUUUACCUGCUGCUCCUGCUGAGCGAGGGCGACUAUGCGGGGUUCCACACGCUGCUCGAGACGCUAGAGGUGGCGGCGGCGCAGGACGGCAAGAAGCUUGAGGACGACCAGUUCAUUCAGUACCCGAUACGGUUGGAGCAGGCGCUUAUGGAGGGCAGCUACGAUAGAGUGUGGGGGGAGACGAAGAAGGAGAGGGUCCCGAGUGAGGAGUUUGGACUGUUUACUGAGAUCCUCAUCGGCACCAUCCGCAAGGAAAUCGCAUCUUGCAGCGAGCGCGCUUACCCCUCCAUCCCCGUGUCCGACGCCAAGUCGCUCCUGUUCCUCGACUCGGAAGGCAGCGUCGUCAACUUUGCGAAGGAGUGUGGCUGGGUUGUCAAGGAUAGCAGGAUAUACUUCCCCCAGCAGGAGGACGACUACUUGAGCAAGGACAUCUUGGUCACGAGCGAUCAGGUCAUUGAGAAUACGCUGGGCUAUGCUAGGGAGUUGGAGAUGAUUGUCUAA